AGCCGAGAGGAGGCUAUGAAGAUCCGGCAUGUGCUCACCCAAUCCGUCACCUUCCUCGUUAUGGUCGUUGCAUUGUUGGUGCUGGUGCCCGAGGGAAUAAUGCUAGUGACGGGUGUCAAGACACCGGCGAUGGCGGUUUUAUCAGAAAGUAUGGAGCCCGGAAUUAAAAAGGGUGAUAUGGUGUUUGUGCACAACAUGAGCAAUGAACCUUUCCGCUUAGGAGAGAUCAUUCUUUUCAAGGUUGAUGGCUUUGAACAUCCAGUUGUCCAUCGUGUGAUCAAGGUUCACGAGAAUCGAGAUACUGGAGAAAUCCGAAUACUCACCAAAGGAGACAACAAUUUAGUGGAUGACCGAUUUCUCUAUGCGAGCGGGCAGCUUUGGCUUCAACCGCAUGACAUUAUUGGACGGGUUGCAGGCUACCUGCCAUAUGCUGGAUGGCCUACUGUCUUCAUCAGUGUAUCUUAUAAGGUCUCUCUUUUCCUUCUUAUGAAAGAUGUUGCUGAAUGGUCGAAGCACUACUACUCCAGAAGUAUACUGGGUAACAAUGUAACCGCGGCAGAUUCAUAUGGGUUGUCUCCAUAAUGUCUUGUUAGGGGUUAAAGAACGCAUGAAGCGAUCGAAGAGUAUGUAAAAGAUGUAUCAUUAUCAUAGUCUCCACAACAUAGUAAUAGAAGUAAUUGAGCUCCAUCCGUCUUGUUGAAGUCAUUUUCUGUAGCACGGUUGACAAGAUUUCUUUUUUCGAGAACACGCAAAAGUCUUACAUUUCUUUGCACGAUCGA